AUGUCGAGCAAACGGAACAGCGGCGACUGGACCGUCGUGUCGACGAUGACGACGCCGGCCGCCUCGCGACGGCCCGCCUCCGUGAGGGAGAAGCUGUCCGGCUUCGUCCGCCGCGGCCGCGGGCUGGCGAAGAAGACCACCAUGUCGGUCCUCGGCGAGUCACGGCAUGAGCGGCCAUCGCUCGACGAGAGCCUGCACCCAAAGGUCCUCCCGCGGGUCCAGGUCCAGGACUUUGGGACGUCGAGCCUCGACAUCGACCUGCUGUCGCUCGAGGCCUUCCGCGAUGUCCAGCAGCCCGAGAAGAAGAAGGAGGCGGAGGAGCAGCAGAAGAAGCCUCAGCGGACGACCUCGUCGUCGACGACGCCCAUCGCCGACAUGUUCGCCAGGAAGGCCGCGACGACGACGAACACCACCACCACCACCACCAUCGCGCCUUCAGCGCCGGCGGUCGUCGAUCAGCUGCCGCCUUCACUUGACACGUCUUCACCGUCACGCUACUCACCACCCGUAAGGAAACCCGCCAGGGCCCCCACCCAGGAACGUCGCCCUGGCCCUGCUGCUCCCGCCUCCGCUGCCGCUUCCGCUGCCGGUGCCGGUGCCGCUCAUCAUCACACUGCACACGCGGCACACUCAUCAACUUCAAGCCCUGCCGUCACCGUGACCAUCAUCAGCUCAUCCAGUCAUGUUCAAACACACAACCCGAGGCCCUGGCCACCCCUAGCAACCUCGCGUACAGUAGCGCCCACUCGCGUUCAACCCGUACCCGCCGCCGAGGACUCAAAACCGCCUGCCAGGGUGCAGCUGCGUGAGCCACGACGCGCCGCGUUCACUCCAGCGGCACCCACCGGCGCCCCCGUCACCGCCACGCCAGGACCCUUUCUCGCCAGGCCCCGCCAACAUGCCGGUGCCUUUGCCGUUGCCGAGCAACAACGGCUCACGCCGCACCAACACCACGAACGCCAAAGCGCGGAGAAGAAGCGCCACUCAACGCCCACGGCGAUGCUCUCCUUGUCGUCGACGUCGGCGUCCUCCUCGACGGCGGCGACUCCGGCGGGGCCGAACCCGUCGCCCGCGGAGAUCCCCCGGACGGACCGGAGACGGUCCUGGCAACCGGCGCCGACAUUAGCGCCGUCGGCUGCUGCUGCUGCUGCUCAUAUGCCGAGACCGUCCGCGCCGCCGUCCGCCUCGGCGCCGUGGCGCGGGAUCCCCAAUCGACAGACGUCGGUACGCCUCGGCGCGGACCGCCUCGCCUGGAUCCGGGAGCUCGAGGCCGGCAAAAGGAACCGGUCUUCCGUCAACGGCGACCUCCCCGUGCUCAAGACGAUGCAGGGCAGCGUGGCCGACAAGCUGGCCAGGUUCGAGAGCAGACAGCAGGAGCAGCAGCAGCAGCAGCAGCAGCUCCAGAAACCGCCGCUUCAGGGCCUCCCCCUCACGCGGUCCAACUCGACCCGGAGCCGUCCGUCGUCCAUCGCCGACACCUUCUCCUCGUACGGGGGCGGCGGCGGCGGCGGGGCCACGACCCGCUCGUCGCUCGACAGCCACCGCGCCUCGUCCGUCUUCUCGCACUACGACGACUCGUUCCGCGAGAAGCUGGAGCUCAUCACGGGCAAGGCCGGCCGCGAGGCCGACGAGGACAAGAAGGAGGAGGAGAAGCCCCCUCUGACGCGCGUCACCUCGACCUUUGUGUCGGUGGAGAGGAGGAGGAAGCAGGCCUGCGUCGACAAGGCACAGCCGGUUUGA